UAAAGGUAGCCACGAGUUUGCAUUGUCGGUAGAGUCCAUUUUGAAGAAAUUGAACGGUUGUGGCGGUGCGUGAGUAUACUUGACUCUUGAACAUGUCUGAUGCUGAGCAGCAGUGUGUGGAGACUUCCGAGAAUGGCCAUGAUGCCGGAGACGCCGAGGUCGCGGAAGUGAAACCCUCUGCGCCUCAAGGAGGCCAGAAUGGAUCUGAAGGCGAUCAAAUCAAUGCGAGUAAAGCGGAGGAGGACGCAGGGUGCGUAGCUGAAAUUUCUUCCCCUUUAACUGAAGGAGUGAAAAUGUUUGUUGGCGGCCUCAGUUGGGAUACAAGCAAGAAAGACCUAAAAGAUUACUUUUCUAAGUUUGGUGAAGUGACUGACUGCACAAUCAAGAUGGACUCUAAUACUGGUCGAUCUAGGGGGUUUGGCUUUAUUCUGUUUAAGGAUGCUUCUAGUGUUGACAAGGUUUUGGAACAGAAGGAGCACAGACUGGAUGGGAGAGUAAUUGAUCCAAAAAAGGCAAUGGCUAUGAAAAAGGACCCAAUAAAGAAAAUAUUUGUUGGGGGACUGAACCCAGAAGCAGGUGAAGAGAAGAUCAGGGAAUACUUUGGAACCUUUGGUGAGAUUGAAUCAAUUGAACUGCCAAUGGAUCCAAAAACUAACAAACGGAGAGGCUUUGUUUUCAUUACAUUUAAAGAGGAGGAACCUGUAAAAAAGAUCUUGGAAAAGAAGUUUCAUAAUGUUUCUGGCAGCAAGUGUGAAAUAAAGAUAGCUCAACCCAAAGAAGUUUAUCAGCAGCAGUAUGGUGGUCGAGGAGGCUUUGGUGGAAGAGGUACGCGAGGUGGAAAAGGUCAAGGACAGAACUGGAAUCAAGGCUACAACAACUAUUGGAGUCAGGGUUAUGGAAAUCAAGGUUAUGGAUAUGGCCAGCAAGGUUAUGGAGGCUAUGGCAGCUACGACUAUUCUGGAUAUGGGUAUUAUGGUUAUGGGCCAGGAUAUGACUACAGUCAGGGCAAUGCAAGCUAUGGAAAAGCCCCUAGACGUGGUCAUCAAAAUAACUACAAGCCAUAUUGAACACCUCAGGUAUGCGGUGGCAGUGUCAGCGUUGCAGAGAACAUGGAAUUCUGACUGGAUAUUGUAUUACACCUAAAUUAGUACAAACUGACUUGUUAGACGAUCAUGUACGAUUCCCUGGAUCUGUUCAGAUGUUCAUUAUUUAAAUCACUUUUGCAAGAGUUUAAUUGCUGAUUUUAUCAAUGCGUAAAAUAACUGAACUGAUUGGGGUCUGCCUAGAACUGCAGCUCUGCAUCUUGGGACUGCCUCUUGGAGUUAAGUAUGGACUCUGUUACUCCAGUUGUACAGAACAACUCAUCCUAGGGAACCAGUGUCAUUUUUUUUUCCACUUUUUUUUUUUUUUUUUUAAUUUUGUAUUGUUUUGUGUCAUACAUUUCCAGUUCAGGAAGUGUUAAUUUUACUGUACUUUUUGGUACCUUUUUUGGAUUCUAAUGUAUUGUAAGGUAUUUUACAUGUGCGAAUUAUCCAUAACAUUUUGAAGCUGUCCAAGCUUUUGAAAUAAAACAACUUUAAGUA